UUGUGUCUUACUGGAAAUGGUAACAUUUGGGGUUAUUCGGUGUUGUACAAACUCAGGCCGGGGUGGGUAGAUUUGGAACAAGAACAUUGACACUGCUAUAAGACCAACCUGAGAGAGACAGCGAGGCAUCAGAGCCAUGAUGAAGUUGUUGUGUGUUGCUGUUGUUGUGCUGAGUCUCAUCUCGGUGGGCCAGCCUGCGCCGCUGGUCUGUGAGAAGCUGCUGAAGCCAGUGGACAAAGCUCCAGACUUUCCUGGGAUUUGGUAUCUUGUUGCCAUGACCUCGGAUACCUGUGUGGUUACAACAUUACUGAAUUAUGUGUUGUGGCCAAGUGUUUCACUGAACAUUACCUCCAUGAACACACCCAACGUCUAUAAGGGCAACUACAGGUUUAAAAUGUAUGGCUAUUGUGAAACUGACUCAGAAGAGUUCUUUUCUAAAAAAAACAUGGUCUUUGAUGUUGACGUCAACAAUGCCCCAGUUGAUGAACCAGACAUGCUGCUGCAGAGUGGCUGUUCUGACUGCUUCAUUGUAAAGAGGGUGGACAAGGACAUUGAUAUGCUCAUGCUCUUCAGUAGGAGGCAGAAUGUCUCCGCCGCUGAGCUGAAUGAGUUUGAGAAACAGGCAGAGUGCCUCGGCUGGGCCAAACCAGAGGUCAUAAACUCAGAUCAUGAUAUUGAAAACUGCCUGUCACUGGACGAUGACGACACUGAUAAUCUGGAAUUAAUACCCAUGAUUUUUCAAAGACUGCGCAACAAUUAUGCAGUGCCCUUCAAGUGUGUUUCAGAGAGUGUUCAAACAUUCCACAAGGCUGUCUAUGAGUGGGCUCAGCAACAGUGGGCUACUCUCUGGUGAAUGUGCUAGGGCACUGCUAUGAUAAAUAUUUACUCACAUAAUCAUAUUUUUGUUAAAUGGUGCUACCCUACUCAAGGUGUAUAAAUUGUUUAAAGGGAACCGGCUACUGUCAACGGUAAAGAAUCUCAAAUGCCACAAAACAACCUUUUUGUAAUUCAGUUUUUUGUGGUAAUCUGCAGUGCUUUCUACUGCAAUGACAAUAUAUUCUCUCUUUUAGACGAUUCAGUAUCAUCAUCACUAAUAAUAAAGGACUAAACAAGGUGUACUUCAUAAUUAAAAUAUUUUCCUUGUUCUUUUUAUUUUCAUCUUUUUUUUUUUUUAAUAAAGAAAUGACAAC